AUGGACGCGCUGCUGCUGCAAGAAGCUGCUAGGGCUGAGGCCGUGGCACGACUUCAAGAGGAGGCGCGUUCCCCGAUCGAGGCAUGGAGGGCCCGCGAUGCGGCGCUCGCAUCGGAGAGGGCAGCGAAGGAAGCGGCCCUCGCUAAACUUUGCGAGCAGAGGCAGCAGCUGGUGGAGCGCAUCAAUUUCUGCAAGCAGCAGGAUUCGCGAUGGUGGCCUGAGGCCGCACGUCUCCAAGCCCAACUGGCUGGUGUGCAGCAGGCCGUUCAGGCCAUUGAGCAAGAAAAGGCAAGAUUUCAGCAGGUGCAGGAGCAGAAGGCUGAUCCCUGCAGCCGUUUCACCAACGCGCUGAAGGACCACUUGCGGCAGUGCGAAAACCGCACUUGUCCCAUGGCCCAUCUGCACCAGCAGCCAGUUCUUAUCCGAGAGUGGCGCGAGCUUGUGCUGUCGAGAAUCAUCCGAAAGUCCACCCAGGCCAUGUCAUAG